AGAUAUGUGUUCGAAUAUGUACGGUAAUCUAACAUGUUAUGACGAUUUAGCUGCCAGAUACAUACAAGCUUUCUUCAGCAGCACUAACACAGUUUUGAUUAUAUGCGGUAACACACUUGCACUUGUAGUUGUUUAUCGAACGAAAGCCCUUCAAGAUGCCGCCUUCUGUUUCCUGAUGAACCUUGCUCUAAGUGACCUCUUAUUGGGUGUAAUCAGUCAACCUCCUUCCCUGUACUAUGCCAUUACUUGCCAUUGGCCAGGCGGUGAGGAUGGAUUUUACUGCCAAUUUGUUGGUUUCUGUAUUUGUUUACUGUGCUCUGUUUCCAUCAUAUCACUUGGCUUGGUCAGUUAUGAACGAUACCAUUACACAGUCCAUCCAUUCAGACACAUUGCCAAGUUUACUUUCCGUCGAUCUUUUUAUGCAUGCGUUAUUGUGUGGUUAUAUUCUGCUGUUGCAUCCGUUUUCCCUGUAGUUGGUUUGUGGAAUGGCGUGGGGUUACAGCCUUAUAAUGCACUCUGUAAUAUUCAAUGGGAGGAAGAACCCAUCUACAUGUGGGCGAUGGUUUCUGGUGUCUUGUUUCCAUCCUGGGCAUUGAUCGUUUUCUCGUAUUUCCGCAUUCUGAAAGUUGCGCGUAAAGCUCGUAAGAUCGACGCUAUUAGACACCAAAUAACCCUUGGUGCAUCGGUCUCAAACAUUGACAGGAACAUCCCAACAUGUUCAGCUGGUGUUGUUAUAGAUAAUGAUGACAGUACAAUCAGUACGAUUAGGUUGGGGGCAUCAACAAGGUCUCGGAAACAUCGACCGACUUUGAAGAAAACAAUGAAAAGUAACAAAUGUACGUUGACUGUCAGUCUAUUGGUGGGGACUUUCAUAGUUUGUUGGACUCCUUACGUCAUCGUCAACGUCAUCCAGGCCAUACGGUGUACACCCAAUCCGUUCGCAGCCACUGCGUUUGCGCAAUGGAUGUGUAUCUUCAACAGCGCUUGCAAUCCACUCAUUUAUGGACUGACUAACAAAACCUUUCGGGAAGGAGUCGGCAAGUUAAUGCAAAGAUUCAGAUGUUGGAGUCAAGUUUGA